AUGUUUUCUACGGGAACUAUAUUAUUUUUGCUGGUUAUAUUAAUCUUCGAUAUAACCCAGAUCAGCUCGAAGUUUGAGUUCACCAAUAUUAAAUGCAGCUCCAAGGACAAGAACUUUGUCGAAUUCGAGUAUUGUUACAUAAAAUCCGUGAAUCGCAGCUACAAGUAUAUAUCAAUGAAGACUCGCUUGCGCAGUUUGCCCAUUAAUGAGGCAACGGCAAGACUUCAGAUCCUGCGAAGGUUUCGCUCCUUUAUGCCCAUAACCAUGAAUGUCACUGUCGAAAUUUGCAAAUUUAUGACCGACAAGAAGAGUAUAUUUAAUCCGAUGCUUGAGCUCUUCAAUGAUGCCACCAAAAAAUACACCAACUUGAACCACACCUGUCCGUAUGAUCACGAUAUAGUGAUAGAUAAGCUACCCACCCACUAUCUAAAUCAACAUUUUACCAAUGUCCUGCCCCUGCCGCCAGGAGAGUACGCCUUCCAUAGCAUAUGGCUCAUCAAAGGCAUCGAACGAUACACUUUCAUGAUAUAUGGCACUAUAUCAUAG